GUUAUUCCUUUCAAAAGUUUUGUUUUUUAAUUUUUCAUGACUACUAAACAUUUUGCACGUCAGCUAAGUACUCUUGAUCGCCUUUUCAAGUCCGAGAUAAAGCAACAUAAACAAGAUGACUUCCAGUUCUCCAACUUCAAGGUUUCAAUAAAGAGCGGUACACCCCAGCAGGACAAUGGGCACGAUUGUGGAGUAUAUGUCAUGAAGUUUAUGGAGUCCUUCUUCAAACGGGAGGAAUCCAUGUCUCCGUUUGCUCCAGUGGAUGAGCGGCUGAAGAUAGCAUGUCGGCUUGUAACACAUGAUCGAAACGAGGUGAGGGUGGUUGUUUUCGCUGACAAGGAAAAAUACUACAUGCAACAGACUCCUCUACCCGUAGGUAGCCCUGUGAAGACCCAUUCGGACCCCAGAUUUUCAACGAAGAAGCUGAAGUCGAAGAACUCCAUUCCCACACAUCCAGUACCAACAAGGACUAGUGGUAGACUGAAGAGAAUUAAGUAUGAGGAAUAGUUAAUCAAACCAUCUAUGUUUUUUGGUAUUAGCCAUGCCCACUUUUCCUUCUCCCGGAUGUAUUAAAUCAAGUUGGUAAAGGUUGAGGAAUUGUAAAGGAGAACUAGUUUCAGUUUUUUAAUAGGCAUUUUGAUUUAUUAGGUCCAGAUACAUUUGUCUACAAUCGACAUUGUAGAUCGUAACCUCUAAAUUUGGCCAGUACGAAGUAGAUAUGUUUGUAUAC